GGUCAUGCACUGAUGCAUACAUACAGUAAAAAAAAUAUGUCCAGCAUUGCUAUUUCCAUGUAAACUUUGGUUAACAAACAACCAAACUUCACAACAAAACCCCACCCAGUUGUAUAAGAGCGGUCUCAUUGGGCCGUGCGUCUGUAAAUCCCUUCCCUCUUUAAUCGGCUCUUCCCAUUGGACGGCGGUGACGACAAUCCUGAAACGUGCUGCCGCCCACCGAGCGGAUCAAGUUUGAAUGAACAACAGCAGUCUGCUCCUGAGGUGGUAGUUGCAUUUGCAGUAAUUAUUAAAAGUGUGUAUCGUAUCAUCCAAGCGCCGAUCAAGGAUGGACAUGAAGAAAAGAAUUCACCUGGAGCUGCGGAACCGCACUCCGUCAGAUGUCAAAGAACUUGUGCUGGACAACUGUCGCUCAAACGAAGGCAAGAUUGAGGGCCUAACAGACGAGUUUGAGGAGCUGGAAUUUCUAAGCACAAUCAACGUUGGCCUGAUGACAGUUUCUCACCUGCCAAAGCUAAAGAAACUCAAAAAGCUUGAACUCAGCGAUAACCGGAUCUCAGGAGGGUUAGAAGUUCUGGCGGAUAAGUGUCCGAACCUAACGCAUCUGAACCUCAGUGGCAACAAGAUAAAAGACCUUAGCACAAUAGAACCAUUGAAAGAAUUGGGGUCCCUGAAAAGCCUAGACCUGUUUAACUGUGAAGUAACAAACCUGAACGAGUACAGAGACAAUGUGUUCAAGCUCCUUCCACAGCUCACGUACCUGGACGGGUAUGACAAAGACGACAAAGAGGCUCCUGACUCCGACGCCGAGGUAUACGCCGAGGGCUUAGAUGACGAAGAGGAAGAUGAAGAUGAUGAAGAAGAGUAUGAUGAAGAUGCUCCAGCUGGAGACGAGGAGGAUGAAGAGGGAGAUGAUGAUGAAGAGGAGAAUGAAGAAGAAGAAGAAGAGGACCUGAGUGGAGAGGAGGAAGAAGAGGAGGACUUGAAUGACAAAGAGGUUGAGAAUGAAGAUGAUGAAGAAGAAGAGCGAGGUCAAAAGAGAAAACGGCAGCUGGAUGAAGAAGCGGAAGAGGAUGAAGACGACUGAGUCCUGUGUAAGCUAAUUUGUGAACUUGUAUCUCCUGGUCACUUCCCUACAAACCCACAAAUCUUUUCCCUCAGUUUAAUAUUGCAGUAGGAGUGUUUUUUCUUUUUGUUUGUUUUGUUUUUUGAGUAUUGGCCAGUCAGGUUGACGGGGUGACAUCCCGUACCUCUAAUAAUCCAAUGUUCCAAUUUCUAUAGUCCACUUUUACCUGCUUUGUGGAUACCUCUUUUGUAAUAUUUAACAAUAGCAGAGAUAAAACCUUCUUGAGGAGAAAAUCUUUUUUUGUUUUUUCAUUGUUUAUGUAAGACAAGUUUGAGAUAACAUAUGCAUUUUAAAAGGCUUCCCUUCAAAAAAAAAAAAAGAGUGCAUGUCUUACUCAUUUUAAAGUCAAAUACUGGAUUUCAUGUAUGGCUGUCCUCUCCUUGUCUUAAACUCAUUGUUUUGCAUCAUAAUUUUCUUUUGUUCCCUUAAAAUGUAAGUUAUGUAUUUGUAUUCUCACCAGUAAGCCAAUACUCUCUGCUGUCCUGGUGUGAAACGUUUUUGUCUAAACGUGCACAGUGUGACCCUGGCAGGGCUUUCUUUUUAACAAAACAACAAAACAAAUAAUGGCACCAACAUUGUCUGCCUUUGUCAAAGCCGCUCCUCCUCCUGAAAUCCUCAGCUUUGAUAGUUCGGAAAUUACGUGUUCUUGUAAAUAAUGACCAAAUCUAUUUUUUUGUAUUCUCUUUGACGACGGCAGACAUUGAACAGACAACUGAGGCGAAGCUAUGAAUUGUUAUAAGAUAUUAAAUAUGUAUUCUGCUUUAUCUAAAAUACGCAGUGUGAAAUUGCUUGGAUUUGAACUUUAUAUGCAUAAUCCUUCCAUGAAAAGACAAUGUUUGACAUCAGAACUUGUUUUUCCCCAUGUUUUGUUUUUAUUUUUGGUACACAAAGGUGACCAUGUUUGAACUGGUGGUGCCAGUGUAGAGAAAUAAUUGUUGUUAAUUGGAGGUUACAGCUGCAGUGCAUAUGCAUUUAAAUAUUUUAUUUCAAAGUGUAAAAAUUGGAACACAGUUAAUGAUUUAGACUUUGCUCUCAUAAAUGCAAUGGUCAAAUUGGCCUACCUCAGAGAUUUUUCACUCUGAUUAAUCCACUGUCAUCAUCCAAAUUUUGUUUCUCUUUUCUCUCCCAUUCACUUCAAUAAAUCCUUUUUAUAUAAA